ACCACUGCUCCUCAUGUGCUGCAUGUGCAUGCUUGCAGGGGGAAACCACGUGACUAUUCCUCCCUUCACUGCGGAGAUGGCUUCACUCCCCUCGUCUAAAGUACAGGUUUAUGCUUCUAAGUUCCUAGCGGUAACUAGCGGCCAGUCGUGAAACGUCGGCAAACAAAUGGAACGAACCGCGACGAAAUCGGAGGCGUCGGAUCGCUAAUUAAUCGAAACCGGUGUCCAUAAUACGAUAGUGACAACCACCAAGUGUAGCCGCCUGUUUAUACCAAGGGAUAAGAAACGCGUAACCGUGCGUCCCUUGAAAAGUACAAGAAACGUCGAUGAUAAAAGAUGUGAACGAGGGAGGCGCGAGUCGAAGUUCUGCGGCGUGAUUUGCAUGGCGGUGGGGAGAAUCGAAGCGAAGAGAAUAGUCUCGUGAUUUCGUAUCGCGCGUAGUGGCAGACGCUCGCGUCUCAUGACAAGGAGAGGAGCUCCGAGUGUACCGUGCUGGGUCAUCGUAGAAUGGACACACAAGGAGGAAUGUCCCGCAACACUGGACCCGGUUUGUACGAAUUCCUUAUGGAGGCAGAGCUCCAACAGUAUUAUCCUGGAAUUCGAGGGGACUUGAAGGUACAAACAACGGCUCAGUUGAAGUAUGUAACAGAGGAGGAUCUGAACGCGAUUGGGAUGAGCAAGCCGGAGAUGCGUCGUUUGAAGAAAUAUUUCCAGAAACACUUCCCGCAGAACUACCUCUCGAAGUUCAAGAAAAUGUUGCUGCCUAAACGGGAGGAGCCAUCCACAGGCGUUCUAACGAUGCUGCCCGAGGAGAGACAGGACAAGCCUCCGAUUCGCGUACCUAAUAAGCACAUGAUACCCGCAGAUGCGAUCAUCGUGAAUAAGGAAUUAGGUAUAGGAGAAUUCGGAGUGGUACAGCAAGGCGUAUGGACGAACGACGGCGAGAGGAUACAAGUGGCUAUAAAAUGCCUCUCCAGGGAGAGGAUGCAGAAUAAUCCGAUUGAAUUCUUGAAGGAGGCGGUGAUAAUGCACUCGAUCGACCAUGAGCACAUUGUUAGAUUAUACGGAGUCGUACUAGACACUAAUUCCUUGAUGCUCGUCACGGAAUUAGCUCCUUUAAGAUCGUUACUGGAGUGUUUAAAAGAACCGAGUCUUCGCACGAGCUUCCCUGUUCUAUCUCUAUGCGAUUUCGCCGUUCAGAUCGCCGAUGGGAUGCAAUACUUAGAAGCUAAACGAUUGAUACACCGCGACCUCGCUGCCAGGAAUAUUUUAGUCUUCUCGAAGAACAAAGUGAAAAUAUCAGACUUCGGACUGUCUCGAGCUCUGGGCGUUGGCAAGGAUUAUUACCAAACGAAUUUCAAUGUAAACUUGAAGUUACCCAUCGCUUGGUGCGCGCCGGAAUGUAUAUCGUAUUUGAAGUUCACUUCGGCGAGCGACGUCUGGGCUUACGGAGUCACUUUGUGGGAGAUGUUCAGCUACGGUUUCCAACCGUGGGCUGCGUUAACGGGGCAUCAGAUACUGGAGGCGAUAGACGAUCCGAACUUCCAAAGGCUCGAGCAACCGGAAUGCUGUCCGAAAGACUAUUUCGCGUUGAUGCAACAAUGCUGGCAACACGAACCCUCGAAGAGGCCUAAGUUCUCGGAGUUGAUCAAUCUACUGCCGGAUUUAAAGCCGGAACAGGUCCAAGCUGUUCAGGACAGUACAGAAAGUGGUCAGCUGGUUUACAGGCAAGGCGACGUGAUCACCGUUCUAGAUAAAGGGAGUAGUAAUACUUUGUGGAAAGGCGUUUUAAACAACGGGAAGACAGGGUUUUUCAAUCCUGCUCAUACAAUAGCGUACCUCGGGUCUAAUUUGCCGAGUAACAAACCUGGAGAGUUCACGCGGGGUGAUGGCAAGAAUGCAUUCUCUUCGCAACGAAGGAAAAUACGAACGGACAUGAUCUCGUCUCCUCAAGGAGAUUUGAAGCACACGGGCCACGUUGGAUUGGACGGAGCUUAUUUUGGGGACAUCGGAUUUCUCGGUGGGAAGUAUCCGCAUUUGCCGAGGCAGGUAGUGACGCCGUACAAGCCGCAGGAAGACGUGACGGACAAUUCUAGUCAACUGAAUCAAGAGAGGAACGCGGAGGCGAACAGAGAAUUAAUGAGGGAUAACAGAAACGCGCAACAGGAACAAAAUAAACAUGAGAGUCUGUGGACGGACGCGAACUCCGAGCUGUGCCAAAUGGCGAAUUCAAGUAAGCAGUCCGUUUCGUUGAACGUCGCCGGUACCAACGAGACCCUUGGCGCCGAUCACGAGUACCACGAGAUCAGCGACGAGGAGAAUCAAGACAGCCCUUUGAGAUUCGAUAAAUCGUCAUUGAACUUCGACUUCGGCCCGAGCCUCUUAGCCGAGAUGGAUCAAAUGUUCAGAUCGCUAGGAUCGUCCCCGCCGCCACCGCUACCGGUUCAUCCCCUGUCGACCGAGCACGAGUCGAGCAACGUUCGAAACGAGCUGAGGGAGAUACAAGCGAAACAGAGCAAUAAAAAGAAACAAGCCACCGUGAAGCCUAUAUCAGCAGCCGAUCAGAAAACUCUCUACUCAGCCAUUGCUAUGGCACAGGAAUUGACAGCACGUUCCAUGACAGACCUUGAACAUCCACCGGAGUCUCCCCGAACACCUGCCAGUCCUUCGAGGCGCAGAAAGUUCUCUUUUAAGUUGCCACAUCAACACAGUCCCAAACCAGACAGACGACACUUUUCAGAGGAAGCCGCCAGUAUACCUGACAUACAGUGGUUGUGUUCGAGUUUGCAAUCGCUGUCGUCCACCGUGUCUAGCAUUGAGUCCCUCGGUGCGCCAUCAACUUUAAAAUUACCGUUGUGGGACAAAGCGUCCGCGGAAUUCUGUUUCGCCAAGUCCCGGGAACUUUUGACCAAACCCACCGCGUGGACGUCUUACAUGGACAUCGAGUUCGACGCUCAUAUUUUAGACAACGCGGCGACGAAGCAGAAUCUAGUGAAGUCGACGGAGUUCCUGGAGAAUGGGAAUAAGAAAGGUUUCAGCUGCGAGAGGAUAACUGAAUUAAGUGGGAAACUGAACGCGCUUCAGCAAAACGGGAAAGUACCGCCGCUGCCAAUCGAGAAUUCAAACUUCGACUUUUCUAGGGAGCAGAAAAGAGUCUCGACGAGCUACGUCGACCGGUACUUCGAGCAGCCGAAGUAUUUCGAAGACGACACAUCGUUGACCUGCCCCACCGAGAAGGUGUCGUACUUCGGCGACGAGGCGUUAGACAAAUACGAUAAGAUAAAUAAUCUGGAGCAGCCGAGUAAAUCUGUCGGCUAUUCUAACAUCCAAGAACAGAGUUCGAUGGCCGCGAACAAACAGCAGUUGCCGAAGUUCGGUAACUGCGACCCGUUGAAGGACAACGUGUCGAACUUUGAAGCGCAGUGCGAAGAGAAUUCAAGUUUCGAUUUGGUCAAAGAGAAACCAACGAAUUUUGCAGAUUUCGCACGUGGCAAACCGAUGAAGUUCGACUCUCCUAGAGAGAAGAUGGCAGAUUUAGGUACGAGACCGAAGAUCUCCAGUUCAUUCAGCGAUUCCGCGAAGAUGAACAUCCCCGAGUUCCCUAAGAAGCUCGAAAUACCGAAAGCUAGGGGCGGUGGGAAAGUGCCGCUGAUAACAAGGAACCCGAGUCAAGAGGGGAAAAGCAUUAUCUACGGUUCGACGGACAGCAUCAAGACUAAUCUGAAACCAGGCGGAGGCUCGGACAGUCCUAGAGGAAACAUGGAAGCCGUUAGGAUCAACAUUCAGAGUUUCCGUAAAAUAGAACAGAACCAGAACGGCCAUGACGGUUUUCCUUUCGUCAUAUCGAAUAAUCCGCUGUUCAUUGCAGAAUCCGAGAAAAAGGAGUCGCCUGUUUACAGCAGUUCGGAAAGCCUGCGUGUGAAUUUUCAGCGCCUCAGAAGAAAAUCCGACGCGGAGGCGAACAAUCAAGUCGAAUUGAGUAGCAAAUUGCUAGCAGAGAAAUACCAGAGGGAGGUGUCAGGGUUGGAGAGCGUGAAGAAUUAUCUGGAUUCAAAAAAGGGACAAGGAUUAAAUUUGGGUUUCGGUAAAUUGACACAAAACAUGAUUCAGCUAGGCAAGAAUAUCGCACAGAAUUCUAGAAACAUGGAAAACGCACCGCCGAAAUCUCUGGUUGCCAAUAUAAGGAACAUGGACAUAUCCGGACAGUCUCAAACGUCCCUGCGAACUCUGAACAUUCCAAUGCAAAAACCGAAGCACCUGGAUUUAAACAUUCCACUUAAAACGCAGUUGAACAUGAAAUUAAAUCUAAGUGGACAGAAGCCAAACCCCCCGAGUCCUAGUAUACAUCAACACAUCUUGGAGCCACCGAAGUUGUAUCAGAACGACAAUACGAAGAAAGAAACUGGGAAGACUGAGUCGCUUUUGGAGAAGAUGACUACGGCUACGAGCAUCUACCGGCAUAGAACGUCUUCCCUGUCGGAGAACAGGAAACCGCCGAUCAAAAACAUAAGAAGGUCCUUCCAUCCUGCGAACGAUUCCAGCGAGGACUCUGAUUCGAUUUCUCAUUCAGAGACAGAUAUAAGGAGCCGGUUUCGUUAUAAACGGCGCCACAAGAAACUGCCGCAUAAUCUGCGACUGAAUUUCAAAAACAAGAGCCACUUUUUACACCCAGAAUCGGCCAGAGGCUUCUCGGCGAUUGAACUCUGUGGGAAAUCACCGCCUCCGUCUACGAGUUUCCUGAACUCCCUGUCGCCGCCAUUUUCUUCUAGGAACAAUCUCCUCUCGUGGCCGGAAAGCGCGCCCAGUUCUAGCCUGACGUUCACUAGCAAUUCAGAUCUCGACUCGGACACUAGUUCGGAGUACCCGGAGUUCACGAAUGACGCUACGUUGUCGGACGAAGCGAAGGAGGUGUACAACAGCCUCGUGGAGACGCCGACCAUAGAGACAGCACCGGAGACCAACCCGUUGCGCAUGCUUCGUUCCGGGGUGCCGAUCGUCAGGCCCAGGAUCCGUGGGAACAAGCACGCCACCCUGGGACACCCGGUGUCCCACCAGGAAGACUUAGCGGCCGACCAUUUUCACUUCGACGCGUACCAUAGCGGUUCCAGGACGCUGCCGAAGAGCAAGGCGCCACCUCCACCCCACGCGCCGCCGCCAUUGCCGCAGAUGAGACAGCUGGAGAGGCACCACUCGGCUCAAGAAAUCGAGAACAAUCAGAAUCAGAACAACGUGGACGAGAAUCCUAUUCCUUUGCCACCUAGGGACAGGUCUAAGACGCUGCAACCGAAAUCCAGCCUUCCUAGGCAUCAGAGGAAACACCCGCUCAUCAUUCCUGGUGGUGGAGUGACUAGGACUCUGGCUAAGAUGGCAGUUACCACGCCGCCGAUCGAGGACCAAGUGGACGGUAGUUUGCAGAGCACGAGCUCCUCGGUUGUCAGCAGCUCGUUACAGGAGGGAUACUCCUCGGAGACUUCAGCUAAUAGUCCUGAGGAAUUCGAGCAACGGAUCGACUCCGAGUUGGCCGCCCUCGAUUCCCUGCCGGUGGACGAGAACAGGCUGCACCGAUUCAGCGUCAUCUCGGAAGAUCUUCUCGAGUUCUCCGACAAUCUGAUCGACUGUGAUGCUAUAGAGUAUCGUCCGAGCCUGCAGGAGAGCAGCGACGUGCAGUCUACGAGUUCCUCCACAGAGAAACUUCAGAGGAAGAUCAGCGUCGAGUCGAAGACCUCCCUAAGCAGCGCCAAGUGCAUCCAACAAAACGAGACGAGCGAAAUCAGUCGAAAUUCUACUCCCACAGGUUCGAGCAAGUCCGAGGACUCCGCGAAGGACCCGCCGUCGAAGCCGAAGAGGACCACGUUGGUCCAGAGGCCCGCGAACUAUAUUAUGCAGUUCGACUAUGGCGAAUACUCGGAGAACAGCUCGCAGUCCCGGUGCAACCCUAAACAACAACAGCAGCAGCCGGAGAUAUCGAAAGAAUGUUCCACCACUGACUCGAACGAUAGUUUUCACUCUGCAGGUCUCACCGGGGCGUACAACAGGCUGUCUAGCGAGAAGCUGCCAGGUCAGAGCGACCUGUCGCGGCAGUCGGACCACGUCUCUUGCGAAGAUCUGCUGGAGUUCGCCUGCGACGGGCCGAACGCGAGGAGGACUCGUGGCCCGCGGAACGGGGAACAGUCCGACGAAGUUCGGAUCAUGAUGAAGGUGUUGCACGAACAGUCCACCCCCGAAUCGUGCAUAGCUGCGCUGAACGUCACCGAUUGGGACGUUCUGGCUGCAAUCAAGCUCGAACGGUUACAGGGGUUGUUGAAGAAGGAGAACAAUUUUGUUGGGCUGGAGGAUUGCAAGCUCAUGCUGAACCAGUGCGGCGGUGACGUAGUGAAAGCCGCCGCGCUGCUAAGGAGCACCGACGACACUGCCGCGGUUUAGUCGAGAUUAUUCGAAACACAAGCAAGCGUUUCAAUGGAUAAAACGCUUGCCAUCUGUCCGCGAUUUCUCAUACGUCGUUUAUUUAUUACUUUAGCAUUAGUUAACACGCGAUUCAUAGUAUUUGAACUCCUUGUCGCUGGCCACGGUCGGUCAGGCACUCCGACAGAACAGCACACCGGGUUUUGUCCACCGGAAAUCAAGGUUCAAGUAUUAGGAGGAAUGUUCGAGAUUUCUUUUCGAGUAACUUAGAAUCGUACAGGGUUUGUUGUAGCUGUAUAAUUUGUCUCGCUUAGUUUUCUACGUAUUCCGGUGGAGCCUAACCUUCGUUUUUCUAUUUAAUUUAUGCGUUAGAAGAAGAAACUCGAUUACCUACCUUCCUUACUCCACUUCUUCGUCUGAUGCGAACGUAAUGUGAUAAUUUGCACAAUAAACGAUCAGGUUUUUGUGAUCGGUGGUGAAACGAACUGGUGGCGCAUAUAGCCGAAUAUAUAUAUACAUAUAUAUAUAUAUAUAUUAUAUAUUUUGCAUCUUCAGUUAGGAGAAAGUACUAGCCUACUAAGUGUGGCGAAUUCUUGUAUCGCGUGAUACAGUGAUCAAAGACUCUCUAUAAAUUAGUUCUUCGUUUAAAAGAUUUGCGCAAGACAUCCGGCAAUUUUGUACUGGACAAUCAUUUCGAUACCCAUCGAGCGAUCUUCGACGUCAUUUCACAAUAUCAUUCGAGACGACCCGCAGCUCGGGUCGAGCAUCUCGAUUCCAAAGAUAACAUUCGCAUGGUAUUAUUAUUUAGGCGCGGAUUAAGACUCAAACCAGUCCCCAUUUUUCACCCAGGGCCUAAGUUCUACUACUUUAAGAAGCCUAAAAAUUGGUUCUUAAUCCGACACGCCUCGACACGCACUGUAGAUUAGCGUCUUCGUAUUCAUCACGUUCUCUGGGAUCCCCGAAACCGAUUUCGGUGAACUAGAGGUGGCGAUUAGUGGAACUACUUUAAUUCUGUAUUAAGCGAGUUUGUAUAAGCGAUAGAUUUUAGAGCGUGUAGACGCGAACCGUUGGAACGUUAGCACAAAUGGAAGAGCGAAUGUGAAUCGGAGACGGAUGAGAGGAUUGCUUGUUAUUUAGAAUAUUUUAUUAUUAACCGGUCAUCCGUGCACGAGGGUUGGCCGGGUUUCUUGGCAAUGCAGAAUAUGUUUUAGCUGGUAGAAAAGGGGGAGAUUAAUUUUUGUAUCUUCGACCCGGUAGUAGGGUAUAAGCACCAAAUAUUAUAUACGGAAUCUUUGUGUUCAGUGAGAUCAAUUUUUAUAUUUUGUUAGAGAGAGCUUCUUUGCGUUGAACUCAAGUUGUACGAUUAGAAGGGGGAAUCAAAAAUCGCGUUUGGUAUAGAUUUUCGUUUACGUUCAGUGUCUCAGGUAAGGAAUUCCGUUUUCCUCUCGGGACGUGCGGAUCUCGCCGAGUGUGUUAAGAGGAUGUUCAGCGGUCGAACAUAUCCGGAAACCGGAGACUUUCGCUGAGGUUGGAGCAGAGACUGUCGUACCGGUUGGAUUAAGAAGUAUUUUUCCAUUGAUUUUGUACGAGAACGAACCACUUUUCUACUGAACUUCCUUUGGACGGUUUCUGCUCGACCUUCUUGCUAGCUCCACGAAUUUGCUCACUGGUACUUUGGCUGACUAGCAAAGAAAGAAAGGAUGUUAAAUUGUUUGAUAGGGCGAUCGAUCCUUGCCGGCCAUAUUCUCCAACGAAGCCAGGAGCUUAAAAAAUGUAACGGCCCUCUUUUUGUAAUCGUCGAACAAUAAGGUUUUCUAUUCCUGAAAGAAACGAAACGAACGAAUACGCGUAUCGUGUAUUUUUUUACGUUGUAUCAAUUCUGUACGCGCGUUGGUCUUGGCGCGUGCGACGUUAGUUCAAUAGAGGAUCGAGAUAAUCAAAGCAUUAGGGCAUUAAGUUUAUAAUCGGUUGUUAAGAAAUAAUCACGCUGUUCGAGAUAAUCAGAAUCUCCUAAGCUUAUCUAAUAAUAAAUAAACUGCGGAUUUUA